CAACAUCCGGUUCCGGUUGGAGCUCACGCGCAACGCUCAUGCGCAUAGUGGCGGGCUCAGUCAACUGACACAAAAAAACACCACGUCAAAGUCGCAGAGAACGUGUACGGACGCCUGUGAAACAAAUCAAAAGCCGUUUCCAACCUGAAGUCUGGCAGAUCUAAGUAACUGUAGGCUUUCUGAGAGAAACAUCUUGGCAGAACUAAUGAUAGUAUCUAAAUAUACACGCUGUAAACGAAGUGAACGCCAGUGAAAUUAGUUUUCCAUACGUCGAAAAACGGAGAGCUUUGCAUAACGAAUCUUUUGCACCAAAAUCUAGAUUUUUUAACUGAUCCCAUAUUUGCGUAUUUACAUUCAUGUCGCGCAGCCCUAUCGCGUUUGCAACUUGAUUGAAGGAUUACCUGCAAAAUUGUAUAGCGGGAAACAGGUUAGGUCAAAAUUGCAUAUACGCUGAUGGUUUUCCAUUGGAGUGUUAUGAAUUGAAAAUAAUAGCCAGUGGAUAUUUUUACUCCUGACCGUGAAUUACAAGCUAUCGGUAGACUCAAUGUCUACUACAGUGAACGAUCCAUUACGUUAACAAAAAGUUACGUUGAUUGGAUAAACAUUACGGCUAUAAAUUACACUAAGUCGGUCGUAAUUAGAAUGCUCCGAUAAUACUAAUCGGAUAUAAAUGGAUAGUAAAAAAUACAAUCGCUGAAGGAAAAUACUAAAACUAGUUUGACUUAAACCAGAAUAAAUCUUUGUGUGCGAUCCUUUACGGGUUUAACAUACAUGUUUCCACUGUAGUGAAUACCGCUAGUACAACUGAGGAUCUAACAAUCUAACAAGUGAUAUCUGUGACAUGUCCGCUGCUAAACAAGACAUCUUAACAAUUGGAUAUUGGUUUUCGGAAAGAGAAUUGUGGAAAGAAUAACGAAGACAGUACUUUACAAUGUAUUGCGGACAAAAUGGAUACGACGUUGGUUCGCUAAACAUACCAGAUUUGGUAGACGUGAACUCCCUAACGGUUAAUCGAUUAGCGGAUUAGUAAAGUAAUGCAUAAUAAGUCGGGUUUACGAGUGUACUCAAACUGAAACGUGCGGUGGGACUAUUCUAAUCGGUAAUAUAUAUAUAAAAAGUGAACACCGUAUAAGUCAAAAACAAAGGAUUGGCGACGAAGCGGUGAAUGCAUUAAAGACGUGAAAUUUGAAACUUCGGAUUUAUAUGAAAGAAAUGUGAAUAUCUUGUUCGUUUAAAAUUUGUGUAUAUGGAUGCAUUUAUUUGCAUACGGGUAUAUUUCUAUGGAGAAACAUAAUAUGUAAAAUGUGUGCAAUUUUAUAUCGUCCAUUUUACUGACUAUUCGAAUGCGAAAAAUAUGCGUUAGCUUAGCUGUAAUUAUUAAAGUUAUAUUUGAACCUACACAAAUUCAGAGUGUUGUAUAAUGUUAUUUAUUGAAAAUUAAUCGCCGAUGCAAUGUGUGGUUUUAAAAGAUGAAUGUUUUUUACGUCUAAAUUCAAUGAGGGAUGUAUUAGAUUUGAAGCUAUAAAAAUGCGCGGACUCAGAGGAAAACGUAUGAAUAAUUAUAACCUCAUCCUAUUGCCUUUGCAUUUGGGACAUCAAGCGAUGAAACACUUUUAAUCCUGAAUAAAGAAUUUAUUUCAGAUUUCAUUUAAAUUUUACCAUCCCCGAGUACGAAUAUACUCAUUUAAAUAUACGAUUUCCCAGUUCGGGAUUAAGUUGAAACUAUGAGCGUAUAGUAUACAAAGAUAGUGUACACUUUUAACACUAUAUGAAACUAUAUGUUAAUCACAUAACAAGUGAAACCAAACGACUAACACGGAUUAUUGUUUUCUUUGUUCGUGGAAAUUUCACAGCGUUAUAUUGACGUUUAUCUGUCGCUAGUGAAAAAUUACUAUUUUCAGACGUAAACGAGAAGAUAUGGAAUCAUCCGCCGGAAGCAUAGAUCUGGAUAUUCACAGUACAAAUUUAAGCAAUAGUUCCGAAUAUAUCACCGUCAAUACGACAGCCCGAACGUUAGCGAACGUCAGUGACGUCAGUAACGGGACUUUAAACCUCCCUCCACCAAACCCGUACGAUCUGUGGCAACAGAUAAUCAUAGCUAUUUUACUGGGGAUUUUAAUUAUUGGAACUAUCGUAGGGAACUCCCUAGUAUGCAUAGCAGUGGCCAUAGUGAAACGUCUCCAGUCGCCAUCUAAUCUGUUGAUAGUGUCUUUAGCAGUGUCGGACGUUUUAGUGGCGGCCCUAGUGAUGCCGUUUGGGGCCGUGACGGAGAUCCACGGUUACUGGAUUUUCAAUGAUGGGUUUUGUGACUUCUUCACUUCCGCUGACGUCAUAUUGUGCACCGCGUCUAUCCUCAACCUGUGCAUGAUAAGUAUAGAUAGAUAUUUCGUAAUAACUCGACCGUUCCAAUACGCGCUCAAACGGACGCCUACCCGGAUGGCCAUUAUGAUCGCCGCCGUCUGGCUACUCUCAGUGCUUAUCUCAAUCCCGCCUUUCUUUGGCUGGAAGAGUAAGAGGCCGGCGUACGCCUGCUUUAUUAGCCAGGAAAUCGGGUACCAGAUCUAUGCAACGGUCGGAGCCUUCUAUAUGCCGUUGAUAGUGAUGAUAGUGAUAUACUUUAGGAUUUGGUUGGUGUCGUCGAGGAUUGUACAAAAAGAGAAGAAAUCCAAGAUGGGAAGUAUAGAUCGCGGUAAUGAGACGAUAAACAUGUCGGCGAAGUCGUCACGAAGCAGCGGUCAAAGUGAUCAUUCAAAUAUGACUAAUGGUAAUGUUAUACGUAACGGUUACGGCGAACACGACGACGUGACGUCAGAAAUGCUUCCACCGUCUAAACCCGUUAAACGACGUUUUACAUUAAAAUCCUUAGUCACGCGACACACUGCAAAAAGUAAUUCACCUCAUUCUCGUGAAAGGAAAGCAACUAAGACGCUGGGAAUAAUUAUGGGAGGAUUUACAUUGUGCUGGCUUCCAUUUUUUAUUGUUGCAGUUAUUCGUCCAUUUGUUGGCGAACACGCCAUUCCUAUCCAACUUAUCUCUUGCCUUACGUGGCUAGGCUACGGAAACUCGUUUAUGAAUCCUCUUAUUUAUGCGCGGUUUAACAGGGAAUUCCGGACUCCAUUCAGAGAAAUUAUAUGUUUCCGUUGUCGGGGAAUCAACGUCCGCCUACGGAGCGAAAGUUACGUAGAGCAAUACGGGCCCGAUCAGAUCUACCACCGUGACCGGGAUAGGGACAGCUUGAAACCCCCACGUGACUCAAUUGUGCGCUAUAACAGCCACGGCCACACGGUUGUUCAAAUUGGUAACGGUAGAAAUGGAAUGAGGGACACGAAAAUUUGAGAAAAUUUGGAUAUGUGAACGUGAUAAGUCAUGCUACUGCACGUGAAGCGGCUUUGUAAUGACUGAAUUACAGAUGUGUUCCAUGAACGUCAAACUAGGAGUACAAUAUUCGUGUUAGUUUCAAGGGUAAGGUUUGCAUGUAGGCAUAAUAUUUAAACGCUGGUUGUCAUACCUGACAUAAUCUGCUGACUCAACCUUUAACAAAGUGCAUUUAACAGGAUUUUUGGAAGGUUUAGUGUCAAUACAGGUACUGUAUAUAACAUCAUAACGAUUUAUCGUAAUGAGCAUUUUAAAUAGCAGAAUUCCUUCAUUGAAGUACGAAUUACUGAAAUUGUGCCCCUGGUAUGUGUUGUUACUGCUCGGAUAUUUCGUUGUUACUGCUCGGAUAUUUCCGAAAAACUUAAAAUAUUAAGCCUAGUGUUCCACAAAUGCUCGUUUCUAUAUGCACAGUUAUUUUGACGCUUUUGCUGCGUUAUUUAUUUUUGUUUUGUUUUAUUUAUACUCUUACGAUGUUCAAAGGAGUAAGUUCCAAGUUUCAUUUUUCGUCUCAUUUGUUAAAUAUAUAUAUAU